AUGCCCGGCGUGCUGCCCCGGACGCUGCCCGCGGCCCUCGGGCGGGGCUGCCUGGGCCGCUGGCUGCUCGCCACUCGCGGGUGGGCGCUCCUGGGGCCCGGCACCCGCUCCUGCUCCUGCCCGGGCUGGCGGCACCAGCCCCCGCUGCUGCUCGGCGCCGCCCGGCAGAGCUUCGGGACGCGGGCGGGAGGGCUGAAAGCUGCAAAACCGGGAGGUAAUAGCAAGGAUGUGUCCGUGCAAAGGGCGCUGAACGAGGAAACGCUGGUGUCGGCGGCUCAGAAAGUGAAAGAAGCUGGAAGAGACUUUACCUAUUUUAUUGUGGUGCUUGUUGGAAUUGGUGUUACAGGUGGUUUGUUCUAUGUGAUUUUUAAAGAGCUGUUCUCUUCUUCUAGUCCAAAUAAGAUCUAUGGAGAUGCCUUGGAGAAAUGCAGAUCUCACCCUGAGAUAAUUGCUGUUUUUGGUGACUCUAUCAAAGGUUAUGGAGAGGCAACAAGAAGAGGAAGACGACAGCAUGUCAGUCACAUUGAAUACGUAAAGGAUGGACUGAAACACAUGCGUUUGAAGUUCUAUAUUGAGGGCACUGAAUCAGGGAAACAGGGAACAGUCCAUGUGGAAGUCAAAGAGAAUCUUGAAACAGGAAGAUUUGAGGUUCGCUACAUAUUUGUGGAUGUUGAGACCUAUCCAAGAAGAACCAUCGUCAUCGAGGACAACAGAUAGCCAACGAUCAAAGCUGCUGCCUUACCUCACAUUGGAAAAUGUGGUUGUAGCCAGCCUACAUAUGGAUUGUGUGGUGUUGCCAAUUAUGUCUCGCAGCUUCAGGGCUGUGUCAAGGGAAGUAGCCUUUCAGGGCCUCCACUAAGGACUUUUGAUAAUAACAGAUAUGGGAUUUAAAGUGAAACCAAUGAAAUAUAGCCAAAGGAUCAUGGUAGAUAUUCUUGACAUAGGAAAAUAAUGUCUCCUAAUAAACACUUUAUUGCUGGAAAAUACCUCUGCACACCCAAGACCUGAGUUUUGCAAGGUUUUGGGUUUGGAUGGGGAGUUUUUUGUCUUCCUUGGCUUGGAUUUCCCACUACCACUGCAAUAAAGAAAGGGUUAGUUUAACUGUA